CAGGCCGGCGCCGCCCCCGGGCGGUGGGCACCCGCGAGGUGACUCAACGUCAGGCUCUCUCCGUUGCCUGCCAGAGCUUCUUUCGCGGAAGGUGCCGCCCUGGCCCCUAAAUGCCUUCACAACCCCCCCACCAUUGGGGGGGGAGAGAAACUGCCCCCCCCAGCAGCUCAGGAUUCUAAUUCCAAGUGGUGUCAGAUGUGAUGCAGUAAAAAUGAACAGUCAUGAAUGAAAAAUACUAGCCCAGAUAAAUGUCAAUCUGACAUUAAAGUUUUGGGCUAUUUCAUGCAAAUUGUUGUUGGGAUUUCUGCUUAAUCAAAUCACAGGGUAAUAACUGAGAAACUGUUUGCCUGGGGUUGUACAAUGGAAAAUGCAGACCAAGAUAAUGCCUCUUCUAGAGAAGGGUUACUUCUUAGGAUGGGUCUUAAUGAUAACAAAGCUGGAAUGCAAGGGCUGAAUAAAGAGAAGAUCAACAAAAUCAUAAUGGAAGCCUCCAAGGGUUCUAGAUUUUAUGAAAAUGAACUUAAGAAAGACCAACAGGUUAAUAAACGGAUUGAAAAAAUGCUGAAACUAAAAAGUAAAAUUACAGAACAACAGAUUUUGAAAGCACAAUUGCAGAUGGAUAAACUUGCAAUGGAAUUGGAUCAGAAUCGUGACCUUAGUUGUACUAUUGUACACAUUGACAUGGAUGCCUUUUAUGCAGCUGUAGAAAUGAGAGACAAUCCUGAAUUAAGGGACAAGCCCAUAGCAGUGGGUUCACUGAGUAUGCUGUCCACUUCAAAUUACCAUGCUAGAAGAUAUGGGGUACGUGCAGCUAUGCCUGGAUUUAUUGCAAAGAAACUUUGUCCACAUCUUACUAUAGUACCAUUAAACUUUAAGAAAUAUGAAGAAGUAAGUAAACAGGUUAGGGAAAUACUAGCUGAAUAUGAUCCUCAAUUCAUGCCCAUGGGCCUGGAUGAAGCCUACUUGAACAUAACAGAGUACUUAGAAGAACGGAACCACUGCUCUCAAAGAAAACAUCUCAAUACAUCCAGGUUAGGUCUAAAUGGAAAACAAAAUGAAUCAAACUUGAGUGAAGAUGUGCAUUCCUGUUCACCAGUAUUGUUUGACAGUGACACUCUGAUUGAUAAGCAGACUAUUCAGCCAUCUUUGCCCUUAGAAGAACAGCAAUGUCAACAGUCAAGUGUUCAGUUAAAGUCAGUUGUCUUGGAAACAUCAGCUGAGGAAGUUGUAAAUGAAAUUCGUUUGAGAAUUCAACAAAAAACUGGGAUGACUGCUAGCGCUGGCAUUGCUCCAAACAUGAUGUUGGCAAAAAUGUGCAGUGAUAAAAAUAAACCUAAUGGCCAAUAUAGAAUCCCUCCAGAAAGAGAUGCUGUGAUGGACUUCAUCAAAAAUUUAGCUAUUAGAAAGGUACCAGGCAUAGGAAAAGUAACAGAGAAGAUGCUAAAGGCUUUGGAAAUAGAGACCUGCACAGAACUGUACCAGCAGAGGGCUCUGAUUUCUCUUCUAUUUUCUGAAACAUCCAGCCAUAAUUUUCUUGAAAUCUCUCUUGGUUUGGGUUCCACACAUUUGGAAAGGGACGGGGAAAGAAAAAGUAUGAGUACAGAAAGGACGUUUAAUGAAAUAAGUGCAUCAGAACAAUACAGGUUAUGUCAAGAACUCUGCAGUGAUCUUGCUCAGGAUUUGACAAAGGAAGGACUUAAAGCUAGAACCAUAACUUUAAAACUGAAGAACGUGAACUUUGAAGUGAAAACAAGAGCUAAUACAGUACUUUGUGCAGUUUCUACUGAAGAUGAAAUAUUUGCUAUUGCUAAAGAUUUACUUAAAUCAGAAAUGGAGAUUGUGGCCCCAGAACCUCUACGUUUAAGAUUAAUGGGUGUAAGAGCAUCAGGUUUUUUAACUGAAGAAGAAAAAAAAUACCAUCAGAAGAGCAUUGUUAAUUUCUUAGGACCAGGAAAACAAGCCUGUGCCUUUAAGAAAGCUGUCAACAUUUUCCCAAAAGCAUCUGAAGGAGAAAGCUUUUUCAAUAAAAAGAGAGCUACACGACAACAAACCAAUCAAGGGGUAUUUUUAAAUGAAACUUCAAACAAGAAGAGUCUACAAAAUACAAUGUCAACAAUAGCUUCAGGAGAUCAAAGAAAGGAUGAGGAACAUCAGAUCUUUAUUUGCCCUAUUUGCUUUGAGGAGCAGCAAGAUAGCACUUUAGAAACAUUUAAUAGACAUAUUGAUAUGUGCCUUAGUGGAACAAAAGAAAAAGAAAAUGCAGAAAUUAUUGAUAAUAGCAAAUCAUGGAAAAAUGAUCCUCCUGUGGAUAUGGAAAAAAAAGAAGAGAUACAAAUUAAAAUAAGUAAACCACCAGUGAAUGAACAGUCAACCAAUAUAGCCGAUUGUGGUUCUGCAAAUAGCAAAGAUGUUUCAUCUAAAUGCCUAGUUCAUAAACAGAAUGAGAAUGGAUGUGGUCCUUCUAAUGCUUCGGUAUCUGAAAUGCAUGCUAAGGAUGAUUUUUUAAUAGAUAAAGAAGCCUUGUUAAUAGAUAAAGAAGAGUCAAAUUGUUCAGGAAGUAAUUUGCAAAGUUUUUCUGGCAUUAAUGAAAAUGUUUUUGUUUGUCCAGUUUGCAACAUAGAACAAAAAACAAAUGAUCUUGCCUUGUUCAAUAGGCACGUGGAUAUUUGUUUAAACAAAGGCAUUAUCGAACAGUUGACAGAAAAAUCAGAAAUCUUAGAUAGAGGACAAUAUAACACACACCUUUCAGCAGGAACAAAAAGAUCUGGAACAAUAAUUCCCCAGUCAACAUCCAAAAAAGUCAAGUCAAGCAAUCCUAAGUGCACCAUAGAAUCAUUUUUCAAAUGAACACAAUGAAUUAAUUUAAUUAUUGUUAU